CACUGUUUUUCUCAUAAUCAGCGCAGUGAAUUUCAAAAUUUCAGAUAUUUUCCUUGCCGAAAAAAAUGGGAAUUUCUUUCUCGAUACCUUGUGAUCCUUGUAUAAACAAAAUCUCCCGCUGGCUAGACGAGAGAAUAGCUUGUCUACACGACCUCAAGAAGAAUCUCACGUCUCUAGCGACAGCCAUGGAAGAACUCGCGGCUAAGCGGGAUGAUUGGUUAAGAAGGAUCACAAGAGAGGAGGAUAGAGGUCUUCGAAGGCUUGUCGAAGUCCAGGUAUGGCUUACUAGAGUUGAGACUAUUGAAAAAGAAGUCAACGAUCUACUUGAUGGGAGAGAUGUUGAACUUCAAAAGCUGUGUCUCUGUGGUUUUUGUUCCUAUAGUUUAAAAUCCAGCUACCGUUACGGUAGAAGUGUUAUCUUGAUGUUGAGGAGAGUCGAGAUACUCAAAAGCCAAGAUUUCGAAGUCUUGGUUGAGCAAAAUCAAAUAUCUGAAGUGCAGGAAGUACAAAUUAAACCGGUGAUUGUUGGUCAAGAAACGAUGCUUGAAAAGGCAUGGAAACAGCUCAAGGAAGAUGGAGUUGGUAUCAUGGGCUUCUACGGUAUGGGAGGAGUAGGCAAAACAACGCUUCUUACGCAGAUCAACAAUAAGUUCGGUGACAAGAGGUGUGGAUUUGAUUUCGUGAUUUGGGUUGUGGUUUCUAAAGAUUUACAGUUGGAUAACAUUCAAGACGAAGUCGCUCGGAAAGUCGGUCUUGGUGGGGAGGAGUGGAGAGAAAAACAGAAAAGCCAAAAGACGGAGGAUAUGUACAAUUUCUUAAGGAAAAAGAGAUUCGUCUUGCUUCUAGAUGAUAUUUGGGAGAAGGUGGAUUUGACCAAGAUUGGAAUCCCAAUUCCCACAACGGAAAACCAAUGCAGAGUGGCAUUCACCACUCGCUCUCAGGAUGUAUGUGCACGGAUGGGGGCUGAAAACGCGAUGGAAGUCCAAUGCUUGUCGGACGAAGACGCAUUUGAUUUAUUCCAGAAGAAAGUUGGGAAAGUAACGCUUGGAAGCGAUCCGGAGAUCCCCAAUCUCGCAAGAGUAGUUGCUAGAAAAUGCCGUGGCCUACCGUUGGCGCUCGAUGUCAUAGGCGAGACCAUGUCAUGCAAGAGGACGAUACAAGAGUGGAAUCACGCGAUAGAUAUUUUGACUUCGUACGCUAUCGAGUUUUCCGGCAUGGAAGAUCAGAUCCUACCUCUUCUAAAGUUUAGCUACGAUAGUCUCAAAGGGGAGAAGGUCAAAGCGUGUUUGUUGUACUGCGCUUUACUUCCGGAAGAUUACGAAAUUCUUAAAGAAACUUUGAUUGAUUAUUGGAUAUGCGAAGGGAUUAUAGAUGCAAGUGAAGGUACAGAAAGGGCUGAGAACAAGGGUUACGAAAUAAUUGGUAGUCUUGUUCGCGCAUCAUUGUUGAUGGAUCGUCACAGAACUAAGAGUGUGUGUAUGCAUGAUGUAGUUCGUGAGAUGGCCUUGUGGAUUGCAUCUGAUUUGGGAAAGCAGAAAGAGGCAUUCGUCGUUCGUGCGGGUGUCGGGUUAAGUGUGAUGCCAAAGGUUAAGAAUUGGGAAGUAGUGAAAAGGAUGUCAUUGUGUGAGAAUGGCAUCUACCUGCUCCCUGGAAGUCCUAAAUGUCAAGAACUCAAAACUUUCCUCAUGAGAUCGGCUGGAGUACGAAGUAUCUCGAGUGAGUUCUUCGAAUACAUGCAAAAGCUAGUUGUUUUGGAUCUUUCGCAUAACGGAGAUCUCUCGGAACUGCCGAAUGGAAUAUCAAAACUAGUUUCCUUGCAAUAUCUCAACUUGUCGUGGACUCGUAUAAGUGCACUCCGCAUGGAUCUGCUGCAAGCGUUGAUUAAUCUAAACCACUUGGAUCUUAGGGAAACGCAUGAGCUUUGGAGCAUCGCUGGGAUAUCGCGUCUGCAUAAUUUGAAAACACUAAAACUAUCCUACUCUUAUUUUUCAUGGGACCGUUACACAGUGGAAGAGCUGGAAAGCUUGGAGCAUUUAGAGAUUCUAACCAUUGGAUUCAGGAUAUCUCAGAGUUUCGAGCAUUUCUUGCGCUCUCGUAAGCUGAUGAGGUGCACGCGAUCUAUAGAGUUCUGUGAUUCUUCGAGGGGUUUGACAAAUAGUCGGCAACCGUUUGAAAUAUCACUCCCAGUAGUAGCUAUGGAUAAGCUUCGAGAUUUCAGCAUCCGUGAAUGCCGUGUCUAUGAGAUAAAGAUGGAAAAUAUAUGCAUGGCGUUUUCUUCACUACACGAUUCAAGUAGCCCACGUUUCUUGAACCUCUCCCACGUGGAUAUAACAUUUUGUGAUUGCCUGAGGGAAUUGACGUUGCUGAUGCUUGCUCCGAAUCUUAAAAGUCUUCAUGUUUCUGAUUCACGUGAACUAGAAGAUAUAAUAAAUAAAGAGAAAGGUGACCUAUCGGGGAUUGGUCCUUUUCCAAAGCUGGUUUCUCUUAAGUUGAAGAAUCUACCAGAGCUGAAGAAUAUCUAUUGGAAUCCUCUACCCUUUCCAUAUCUACAGGAGAUCCAUGUAUCCGAAUGUUCAAAUCUGAAAAAGCUUCCACUCUAUUCCCAAAGUGGCAAGCAUGGUGAUGAUGGACUUAUCAUAUACUACAGAGAGAAAGAAUGGAUUGACUGUGUGGAAUGGGAGGACGAAGCUACCAAAAUCCGCUUCUUAUCUUCAUGCAAAAAGGUUUGAUUAUAGCCAGCACUUUGAUCAUGCAAGGUUCCAAGUGGAUGAUGUCAUUUGGGUUUUAUCCUAGAGGGAAAGUCUUUAUCUCUCUAUCCGUUUGCUUUCUGUGAAUUAUUUUUCUAUUUUUUUAAAAAAAUAAUUUGUGCCGACAUUAAUUGAUCUCUACUAUGGUUACGUUAUAUUUUAAGAGAGUGUCGAGA